AUCUACCUAACCAUCCAUCUCCGGCCAUCUGACUCUGCUGCGUUCUCUCGACCAUCAGUCACCUUCUUGCUCCACCCGAAAACCGAUUGAACAUUGCAUUAAUCCUCCGCCAAGGGGUGUGCUACGAAGAUGCUGGAAGCGACGAUUAUCGUCGUCGACAAUAGCGAGAGCAGUAGAAAUGGCGACUACGUACCCUCCCGAUGGGAAGCCCAGACCGACGCCGCAAACCUCAUCUUCCACUCCAAAACCCAGGCAAAUCCAGAAUCGUCCGUCGGCCUGAUGUCCAUGGGCGGCUCAGGCCCGGAAGUACUCACCACACUCACGACCAACCCUGGCAAGAUACUCGAUGGACUACAUCGGACAAAGGUGAAGGGCCAAUCGCAUCUCUACACCGGCAUCAUGAUCGCAAGUCUAGCGCUCAAACAUCGGCAGAACAAGAGUCAGCGGCAAAGAAUCAUCGUCUUUGUGUGCAGCCCGAUCGCAGAUAGCCAGAGUACACUCGUCAAGCUGGCGAAGAAGAUGAGGAAGAACAACACUAGCGUGGACAUCGUGGCCUUCGGCGACCUCACAGAAGACAACCUCGACAAGCUCCGCGCGUUCAACGAUGCAGUUAAAGGUGGUGAUGGGUCGCAUCUCGAGAUCGUGCAACCUGGGCCCAACCUUCUGUCAGACUCUAUCGUCGCUUCGCCGAUAUUAGCAGGCGAAGGAGGCGGGGCAGCAACCAACGGCACAGGCGCAGAAGGUGGUGCUGGAGCGGGCGGCGGGACCGACUUCGAGUUUGGAGUCGAUCCGAAUCUGGAUCCAGAGUUGGCGCUCGUGUUGCGGAUGUCGAUGGAGGAGGAGCGGGAGAGGCAGUCGAGGGAGCAGAAGGCGAGGGACGAGGCGGAAGGCAAGACGCACUUAGAGAGUGUGCCGGAGGAAGGCAGGCAAGAAGGCGAGGCUGGUGGCAGUGGUAGCGCGCCAGCGACCAGCAUGCAGGUUGAUGGGAACGGCGAGCCGGUUGGGAGCGCGGGUGCAACGGUAGGACUGGAGACGGAGGUCAAGAGGGAGGAGGAUAAGAAGAAGAAGGAGGAUGAGGAUAAGAUGGACACCGCCUGAUGGUGGGCUUGUACUUUAGAUUGGACUAGCAUAGCACUGCUGAGUCAGAUGUAGUAAUAGAACGUAAGCACUGCCCGCCAGUUGAGGCCAUUAGCUUUCUGGCGCGAGGAUACACUACAAUCAUACCCUUUCAGUUAUAACCAUAAGUCAGU